UCAUCACGGAGGGUGCAGUCCAAGCAGUAUACGUAAGUAGGAACUGUGAUUAGGACACCCUUUGUCUACAGGUGGAUCCAGUCUGCAGAGAAGACAUUAUUUUGGUCAAAGCAGAAAAAAUCACAUCUGGUGCUACAAUAUAUGUCCAGUGUUCCAUUUGCAGAGCUUUCAUGGUCUUGGAGUGCUUUGUUGAGUUUGGCCGGCUGACUCACCAGAUAUGAUGCAGUUUCUCGGAUUAGUGCAUAAUUAUCGUUAUCGGGAUCAAGAGCUAGAAACAACGGACCCUCAAAAUAUUUCGAAGUCCGCUGAAAGUGACGGCAUCGCUUGUCCUCCCCAAGACCACACAGAAACGCUCCACCUGGUCAGAAACUUUGACGUUUGAGUCGCAUAAAUCACUCGAUCCCAAAAAUGGAAAAGAAAACCGACAACAUCCUCCGGCGGCCACUUUACGUGUACGAUCUUCCCGCUGAAGUCCUGAAUACCCUGACACUCAAGGAGUCUCCAGAGUUCGAAAUUCCCGAAGCUUAUUCUACACCAAACCAGAGCUCUUCCUCAACUGACAACCUCGUUGGCGCGCAAGCCUGCUCAUUGUGCAGCCUCUCCUUCACCAGUUUGCAAGAACAAAGGAGCCAUCUGAAGUCUGACCUGCACUACUACAACCUCAAGCAGAAGCUGCGCGGAAAGACGCUAGUAUCGGAGGUCGAGUUUGAGAAACUGAUCGGCGACCUGGACGAAAGCCUGUCCGGCUCGGACUCCUCCGAUUUGGAAGACGAAGAAGAGGAUUCAUUGGGGAAGGAGACCACCCUGACGGCGCUGCUGAAGAAGCAGGCUACUCUCGCGGAGAGGGAAAAUGGCCAUGAUGCUACAAAGGAUGAUGGUAUUUCAAGGCGGAGGCAAAGGGGCAGUGGCAAGCCCCCAUUGAUAUGGUUCAGUUCGGCGGUGCUACCUGCGAACAACUAUUUUGGGGUGUACCGCGCAAUAUUCAAACCCGAGGAAGCGAAGGAGGAAACUGAGUUGACCGAGUUGAUCAAGAAGAAGCAGUUGGCACCAAUAACAGCGCCGAAGGCAGGAGCAGUUGGAAGUCCGACCCAAGCUUACAAGGGUCCACACAUCUUCCUCUGCAUGAUCGGAGGUGGUCACUUUGCGGCUAUGGUGGUGUCGCUGGCACCGCGGCAGAUGAAGCAUGGAUCAGGUCCUCUGAACAGAGAAGCAACAGUGCUGGCUCAUAAAACCUUCCACAGAUACACCACGAGGAGGAAGCAGGGAGGAUCUCAGUCUGCAAACGAUAACGCCAAGGGCAAUGCGCAUUCAGCUGGUUCGAGUAUACGACGCUACAACGAGCAGGCCCUGGUCGACGAAGUCCGCCUACUGCUACAGGACUGGAAAGGGCUCCUCGACACAUCAGAACUACUCUUUAUACGAGCGACGGGGGCAACAAAUAGGAGAACGCUCUUUGGACCAUACGAAGGGCAGAUCCUGAAGGGGAACGACCCAAGAAUACGAGGGUUUCCAUUCAGUACGCGGCGGGCGACACAGAACGAGUUGAUGCGCUCUUUCAUCGAGUUGACUCGGUUGAAGGUUCGCGAAAUCAACCCUGCUGAGGGUAUCCAGGCACAGCCAGAGACAUUAGCGAAGACAGCAAUUCCAAAACCAUCCAAGCCAGCCGCACCGAAAUUGUCGGAGGAGGAGGAGACCGCUUUGCUACAUACUUCACAGCUCCAAGCAUUCAUUCGGAGGUCAAAACUCCCGGCGCUCCUUUCAUAUCUGAAGAACAAUGGCCUACCUGUCGACUUCAUCUUCCAUCCCGCCGACACGCAGCAAAAUCAUCAUGCCCCCACCCCAUUACACUUAGUAGCGAGCCAAAACUCGGCACCACUUGUCUUAGGUCUGCUCUUGAAAGCUGGAGCCAACCCAACUACCAAGAACGGCGAAGGUAAAACCGCAUUCGAGCUGGCUGGGGACCGAAGCACGCGGGACGCCUUUAGGGUAGGCCGUGACGAGCUGGGCGAAGACAAAUGGGAUUGGGAGGCGGCCAAGGUGCCGCCGGCCAUGAAACGCGAAGAAGCAGAGAAGCGCGACGCGCGAGAGCGGAAGGAAAACGACAAGAAGGAAGCGGAACGUCGCCAGGCCGAGGAGGUCCGACUGCGGUUAGAAGGGCCUAAGGUCGAUGGUAGCAGUAGAACACGGGGGAAAGGCGUGCUGAACAGCGGAGUGCAGAAAACGGCACAGGAGAAGCGCGAGGAGGAAGCGAGGGGGCUUACGCCUGAGCAGAAGAUGAAAUUGGAUCGAGAACGCAGAGCCAGGGCGGCUGAGGAGAGGAUGCGUCGAAUGGCUGCUGGCGGUGGUGGUUGAUGGUGAGAUAGACCGUUACAGCGGUGUUGUAGAAAAUAGCAACUGCAAAUGCUAGUUGACACGACGCCCAACUUGCGC